CGGUCAAGGAAUAUAACGUUCUCAUUCAUCUGUAUGCGAUAUUCAUUUUACAACUUUGUGUCUGACGGAACGAAAAUGAAUUCUCUGCUUAAUCGUGAACCGUGUUUUGAUUUACAUGAAGUAUAACACUGUCGUUGCCCAAGAUAUUACCCUGCACGUUGCGCUGAGAAGCUUAACCAACACGGCAAAAUAACAAAUUCCUGAAUCAGUGGCAAUUGGCAUAAACCAUUUGAACCCUCCUCUGGAUCAUCUGAUUGACAAUCAAUCACUCCCCUAACAGAAUAAUUCAAAAUAACUUCAGUCUUUGAGUACUUUCUUGGCAAUUUCAGUGUAUAAUGCUUAUAUAAGCUGAUCAAUGAUCCUCAGUUUUGCAUUACUGUCUAAAGUACAUACAGAGACAAGAUGAGAAAACACUUCACCGCCGUACUUCUUCUGCUCCUUGCAGCUUAUUCUUCAGAGGCCAGACUUGAAUCUUGCAAGCCAAGUGGAAAAAUAAUGGGUAAAAAGCCACCUCCAGGGCAAUGUAACCAGGAAAACGACUCCGAUUGUUGUAAAGCUGGGGAGCUCUAUACCACUUAUAAGUGUUCGCCCCCUGUUUCUGGAACAACGAAAGCAGUUCUCACCCUCAACAGCUUUGAGAAAGGUGGAGACGGAGGUGGGCCGUCGGAAUGUGACAAGAAGUACCAUUCUGAUGACACGCCGGUUGUAGCGCUAUCGACUGGAUGGUAUAGUGGAGGGUCCAGGUGCCUUGACAACAUAACUAUAAGUGCCAAUGGCCUGAGUGUGACGGCCAUGGUGGUCGACGAGUGUGAUUCCACGAUGGGAUGUGAUGAGGAUCAUGAUUAUCAGCCGCCGUGUCCUAAUAACAUCGUGGAUGCCUCUAAAGCUGUCUGGAAAGCCCUGGGAAUUCCUGAAGAUGACUGGGGAGAGUUGGAUAUCACUUGGUCUGAUGCAUAGAGCAGUUGAUAUACGGUUGUUAUCAUGUGUUGAAAAAUUACGAUAUUUGUAUCAUACAAAGUUGAUGACACUCUGUUUGCAAAUACUAGCACAAUUUGCACAUGGGUUGACUUAUGCUUAAUUUGCUAAAUUUA